AUGUCAGUAAUCAUAAGACCAAUUGAACAAAAAGAUAAAGAAGAAUGGAUCAAUUUAUGGACAGGUCCAAAAGGAUAUAUUGAAUUUUAUAAAUCAUCAGAUAAGAUAACCCCAGAAAUUACAGAAACAACAUUCAAAAGAUUUUUAGAUCCACAAAACCCAACUUAUUGUAAUAUAGCAGUUAAUUCAGAAACCGGUAAAUUAAUUGGUUUUGCAACUUAUUUAACUCAUACAAAUACUUGGGCUCUCGAGGAUUCUUGUUAUUUAAAUGAUUUAUUUGUUAGUGAAUCAAAUAGAUUAGGUGGAGUUGGUAGAAAAUUGAUUGAAAGUGUUUAUGAAGCUGCUGAUAAAUUAGGUUGUGCUAAAACUUAUUGGCAUACACAAUUUGAAAAUCAUAGAGCUCAGUUAUUAUAUGUAAAAGUUGGUGUUAAAGAUGGAUUCUUAAAAUAUUCAAGACCUUUGAAAAAAUAA